AGCAAACGAGCCAGAAAUUGAUUCAACUUCAGUUUAUAAUUACAACGGCCUGGCAGGCAAUCUAGCCGACCAGCGCGGGCAACUUGACAAACCAGCCACGGGCUGCUUAACGGGCCGUUCUCUCGCAGAGCCAGACCCAAAAGCUGUUGAACGCUCGGGACACAUAAGCCUAUACAGAGUGAUUGGGACAACUAAAACAAGUGGAUUGGACACGACCUACCUACCCGAAGACUCCGCCUACCUCAAUGUCAGGCGCCACUAUGGAAGCAGCACAGCGACUGUAUGCCGCUUGCAAGCAGUCAGCAGAGCCGCGUGUGAUCCGGCUUUCGUCUGCGGAAAGCCACGCGCAAUGCAGCGCGGCCUCGGCCUUAUGUUCGUCGUCCGAGCUCCAGUCAAGCUGUGCGGAUGCUGGCUACAUGUGUGAUGUGGAUUUGCUGGGAAGUUUCCCCUACGUGGAGUCGUCGCAAUUCAUUAACGAGGCGCCAACGGACACCGCUUCUUUGCCGGCUUCCGUUUACAAAGCAUGCGGCAGUAGUCGCUGCACGGAAUCAAAGGAUAUCACUGGUAAAACUCGCGCGCUGUGCUCACCAACGGCAAUUUGUUCGUCGCUCGCGCGGCAAGUUGCCAACCGCAGCCUUCUUGCUCGCGAGCACUCCGAGCUGAAGAUUACUAUCCCAGCUCAUUCCAGCUGCGAAAACACUUUCACCCGCUCCAAAACAGCGGUUUUGCCGGGCACCGAAAUGGACACCACAGCGACCACCCAUCCCUGCACACCCGACUGCGGGGCCGCAACCUACGCAACCAAGGCGCCGUCACCGCCGUGCAGCACCGACGCCUCCUCCUCCUUCUCCACGCCCUGCAACACGCCAUUGCCGAUGCUGCAGCUGGCAUCGCUGUCCUUCGGCGGCGCGCCGGCGCCCGUGCGCGCAUCCUCUCCUUGUCCCUCGCCCCUAAGCCAUGGAGCGGAACGGCCGAGCAGCAGGCGGCCGCAGGUGGAGGCGCAGCCCAUGCUGCCACGGUUCGUGCCGUUGGAAUUGCCGGCGGAGGGACUCAUCUUCUUGUCACCCAUGGCUCACCAGGACAUGGCCCGCAACAGCAGCUGGAGCCUUCACGACUACAACGUCACGCGCAAGCUGUAUGCAGGCUACGCGAGCACAGUAUGCAAGGCGACCUGCCUGCGCUCCGGCCAGGACGUUGUGGUGAAGGCGUAUGCCCUGAGCGGCCUCAGCGAUUUCCUCCGCCACCAAGUCCUACGGGAACUGCGCAUCCACUCGCGGCUGUGCAACCCGGGCGUGGUGCAGAUGCUGGCAGCGUUCCGGGAGGGCGACACCUUGGUGAUGGUGCUCGAGUACGUGCGCGGCGGCAGCCUGGACCGCGCCCGCCGCAAGCUGGGCGGCCGCAUGACGGAGCAGCAGGCGCUGGAGCUGGUGAUGGCGCCGUUGCUGCGCACGCUGCACUACCUGCACACGCAGACCAUCGUGCACAGGGACAUCAAGCCGGAGAACCUGCUGUUCACGCCCGACUGGAAGCUCAAGGUGUGCGACUACGGCGUCUCCAUCUGCCUCGGCGAGGAGCGCGCCGUGACGCGCACAGGCUCACGCGACUACAUGGCGCCCGAGGUGAACGUGUGCCCGCUCAAGCGCACGCCCGCCGACAACAAGGAGAACCCGCAGAUGGCCUACGGCGCGGCGGUGGACGUGUGGAGCGUGGGCGCGCUGGCCUAUGAGCUGCUGGUGGGCUUUACGCCCUUCCCAGGAGGCCCGCCUGCCACCCGGAAGGGCGAUCCCACCAAGUCGCUCGUGUUCCCCUCGUCCUUCAGCAACGAUGCACGCAACUUCGUGUUGUCGUGUCUGGAGCAGGCGCCCGGCGACCGGCCCACCGUCCAGCAGCUGCUGCGGCACCCCUGGGUGGCCUCGGGUUUGCAGCGGCAGGCUGCGCCGGUGGCCGCUGCGGCUGGGGCACCGGCCGUCGCUGGGCAGGCACCCUGAAGAGUCGAGACAGGAUAUGGGGCAUGGGCGCCAUUUGCGCCCGGUAUUGAAAUUAUAACCGGUUUCUGCAGCAGGUUAUGGGACGCGUGUGACUGCACCAAACUACAUAAACACUGUUUCUUUGCGUGGCUGCAUAGCCGCGGCUGCCGUAUGGAAAUGCAUUGAUGACCUGAUUUGGGGGCGUGUUUCGUGCGUGCUGAAAAGUGCUCAGAUAGUUGGCUGUGCCUUGUCCAGUGGCAGUGGAAGGGUGGCUGGGUGCACAUUGGUGAGGUGGACUCCUGUUUCAUCUUACCUGUAGAUGCUAUCAUCAUGGCAAUAUUUCACGCUUCUAACGUUCGGACAUGAGUGGUGGAUUCUUCCUAUAGGCUUGUUGGGUGGUCAAUUGCGCUUCGCUUGCCAACGUCGUUGGCACGUGUGCCCUCAGCCUCAUUUUGUUCCACCAGCCCUACUUGCAUGACUAAUACGCAUUUCGCUUGGAGGAACCCCCUGCACAGCUCGUCUUGAGUUAAGCUUGCAUAUGCAGGGAAGCGUUCGUCUAACAGCUAGUCUACUUCGGGACGGACUUAAAUGAAAGAGCGCCUUAGUGCUCGGAACGUGCGGCAUGUUUUUCGCCAACCGGUCGGAUAUACCGGCCGCGCAAACCACAUCCACCUUUUCCAAUCGUUUUGUGUGCGUACGUUUCAACGCAAAGGCCGCGCGGGUUACGAUGAUGGGUCUUCGUGUGCGUGGGUUUUUUUUGGUAACUUCUUGUGGAGCGAGAGAGAGAGAGAGAGUGAGAGAGAGAGAGAGAGAGAGAGAGUGUGUGUGUGUGUGUGUGUGUGUGUGCUUGUAUGUGUGUUGAAGAGCACCAAGAAAGAUAAACGCGACGACUGGUGUGUGAUGCAGCAACGUGCGUGUGUUAAGAAAACGAAACGAAAACCCGCCCAAGGACGGCGCCGAGUUAUUGCGCGCGUGCGGUGCGUGCGUCCGUCCGUGCGUGCGUGCGUGUGUAUGUAUGUGUGUGUGGGGGCGUGUGUGUGCGCGCGCGCGUGUGUUGUGGGGGGGGGGGAGCAAGUGUGUCCUCCUGUGUGCGAACUUUGUGAGAGUCGUAUAUGAGAGCUUGUAUAUGUAGAUUGCAAUCCUUGAGCCUUCCUAAUGCAGUGUUCGAGGUGCAGUAACUUGGGACGCGGCACUUCUGCCUGCGGAGCGGUUCUAAUGUGGGAGACCAGUUGUGCCACAUGUUAGGACCAAGCACUUGAUCUCAAGGUGAUACAAACCAUAUGGCGGUGCAACGAGGUUGGGGUUGGGUUACAUUAAUGACAUUGGCUGUAGAUCUUUGGCUACAGUACUAAGCGCGAAUAUUGUGUGCAGACUAGUGAGCCCAGCCCCCUUUAGUUUGGGCUGGUAUUUACAACCCCCCCCCCCCCACACACACACACACACACACACGCCCAACGCGCUGAGUUAGUGGCAUCCGACGUGUGCAGCUCUCAGUUGUGCAAGGCAUUCUUAGACGAAUUGUUGUGACUCUCGUGAGCGGCUUGGAAUUGAGGCAGCCCCUAAUGUAUGGGAACGGGGCAAUGUCUGUAGUGGAAUGGUGUCCGUGGGCCAUCUCUGUCCAAUGCCGCUGAUAGACCAGGGAUUAACCCCUGAAUUCAUAAAGGCAAUAGGCGUGUCAGGUUGAAGUAAGGGUUGAGGUUGAGAAGUAAUGCAGCUGGAUUGCCGCGGCGUGUAGACGGGUUUCAUUAUGUAGACUGUUUGUUAUUGAAGUUUCUAUUGAGCUCUAUCUCAACUGCUAUCUGUGUACCAGGGCUCCUAUCUUAAUGUCUCCAGACAUUAAACGGCCAUUUUGGCCAUUUUCCAGACAAACGGAGGGGGGGGUUCACGCACGCUUUUGAACAAAACAAGCGGUGUCUGAGGAGAGGCAAACUCUACCAUAGUGACAUAUAUAUUUUGUGGAAAGUGAGGGAAUGUCAUGGUCUUUUAGGAGAUUUUCGGCGAUCUGACGAGGAUGAAGGAUACCCCGAUCAAAUCUUCCUUUUUGCAGAUGCGCAGAGCCGGUGACGAGGAUUUGCCGGGGAUGCCGCAUUUUCAGUCACGCAGAGUUGUCAGGGGUGCAAAGCCCGCUGCAACUCCUUCCACAGUC